CAUGAGACUGUCAGGCAUCUCGCAGCUGGCCGCAGCAGCCGUGGCGCUGCUCGGCCCCGCUGCGGCCUGCCCCGGCGUCGACCACGGCGCCCCGGCGCGGCGCAGCGACCGCAUGGCGACGCAGCCCAGCGGCGGCGCCAGUCUGCUGCGCCCGCUGCGCUGGGGCGACGUGCAGAUCCUCGCCACGACGGACAUCCACGGCUGGUAUCAGGGCCACCUCAAGGCCUCGCAGCCCGAGCCCAACUACUCGGGCGACUGGGGCGACUUUGCCUCGUUCGUCCAGCACAUGUGCGCCCAGGCCGACCGCCGCGGCGUCGAUCUGCUGCUCGUCGACUCGGGCGACUUGCACGACGGCGCGGGCCUCAGCGAUGGCUUUCCGGCGGGCCAGGGCCCAGACGGGCACGUCUCGAACCAGUUCCACAGCAUGGUUCGCUACGACGCACUCUCGCCGGGCAACCACGAGCUCUACGUCUACGCCAACGCGCUCGACACGUUCCAGAACUUCCGUCCGCAGCAGCACGGCCGCUACCUCAGCAGCAACGUCAACAUCACCUACGCGCCGCACGGUACGGGUGCCAACGUCACCGAGCCGAUGGGCGAGCGCUUCGUCAAGUUCCGCACCAAGCACGGGCGCCGCGUCACGUCGCUCGGCGUGCUCUUCAACUUCACUGGCGCAGCUGCGGGUCUGACUGUGCAGGAUCCGGCACGCAUGGUGCAGGAGCAGUGGUUCGGCGAGGCGAUCCAGGAGCGGCCCGACUUCUUCCUGCUCGUCGGCCACAUGCCCGUGCGCAAGGACCAGUGGCCCACGGUGCUGGCGCCGAUCCGCAAGCUGCAUCCCGACACGCCCAUCUUCAUCGCUGGCGGCCACACGCACAUUCGCGACACGGUCGUCUAUGACCAGGCUGCGGUCGGCAUCGAGAGCGGCAGGUACCUCGAGACCAUCGGCUGGCUGGCUGCCAAUCUGACGCGAGGCGACAAUGGCGUAGCGCCAAAGACGACCUUCUCGCGCUCGUACAUCGACGCCAACCGUCGCAACUACGCUUUUCACGCAGGCCUGUCGGAGCAGCGUCUCGACACGCCUCUUGGCCGCCACAUCACGACGGCGAUGGGUCGCGUCGCAAAGGACUGGAACCUGACUCAAGUGUACGGCACCGCUCCACAAGACUACUACCUCGACCGCACCUCACCAGACAGUCCGAGUAGCCUUCUGCGCCUCCUGAGCCAGCAGGUGCUUCCGACGGUCAUCUCGUCGAGCAACCCUGAGCGAAAGGGCGUGCCGAACCUCGUGCUUGCAAACUCGGGCAGCCAGCGAUUCGAUGUGUAUGCCGGUCCUUUUUCGCACGACGACCAGUACAUCGUGUCGCCCUUCAUCGACGCCUUCCUCUUCCUGCGCGACGUGCCGUACAAGUACGCCUCUCAGCUCAUCGGCAAGCUGAACGGCGACGCAACGGCGCAAGCCAACUCGCGCCGCAGCGGCGAGUCGGGCUCUUCUUCUGCGGCGGCCCGCUCCGCCUAUGCGCGUGGCGAAGUCGACUACAUCUUCAAUGACUGGCGCCGAGAGCAGUACGAGCGAGCACAGGCUGAUCUCGAGGCACUUGACCGACGUGCCGAUGAGCAGCGAACGCUGGGCUACAGCACCAAGGACGAUAUGGGCACGGACGGCGACGACACGGAGCACGUCGCACUGCCCUACGCUCGCCAGCCUGACUACGUCGCCUCGCCGCUGACGGGCAACAGCACGGCGGCACAGCCUGACACGCUCGUCGAUGUCAUCUUCGUCGACUUCAUCCUCUCCUCGGUCGUGCGCUUGCUGAACGGCAUGCAGAGCGAGCACGUCUACUCGAACGGCGACGCAAAAAACUACACUGCCCUCACGACGCAGGACCUCUAUCCGCAAUAUGCCCGCGCCGCAUGGGAGCAGUAGCAAGACGGAAGGACGGACGGAGGAUUGCUGGAAUAAUGUAAAUGCUUCAUGCCGCU